GCCCACAGUGGGUGCCCUGGACGAAGGUCACGUCAAUGCCAGAUGGCAACACUACCCUGGGGGGACCAACAGGGAAACUCAUGGAAGUUCUUGCAAAAGUCAUGAUGUUUAAAUAUGAGUUGGUGAGGCCUCCUGACGGACUGUGGGGAGCUGAGCAGCCUGACAAGAGCUGGUCUGGCAUGAUGGGCAUGGUGUACCGGGAGGAGGUGGAGUUCGCCUUGGGCCCAUUCACCAUCACGCCGCAGCGAGAGGCUGUGAGUGACUUUGCCAUUCCAUUGGCCAGCGAGAAUCAGGCAAUCAUCAUGCAGAGGCCACGGCAAGAGACGGACAUGGGAGGCUUCCUGAAGGCGUUCACGACAGAGGUGUGGCUUCUGACGGCACUGAGUGUGGCAGCGAUCAGCUCCGCCACCAUUCUGCUGGUGAGGGCAGAGAGUCGCGUGUUUGGCCGCGCUAUCAAAAACAUCACGUCCCACUCCAUGCUUUGGGUGGUGAAGGCGCUCACACAAGAAGGCUCCGAAUGGCUACCAGAAGAUAACGCAGGCCGCGUGCUGGUUACCACCUGGCUACUGGCGUCCAUGGUGUUCAUGUCUUCUUACGGCGGCAUCCUCACCGCCAUGCUCACAGUGCCGCGGGUCACCAUCUCCAUCGACUCCCUGGCAGACCUGGUGGCGCAGGACGACCUGCCCUGGAGGCUGGAGGCGGGCUCCAUGACGCCUCGGUUCUUGAUGGAGUCCGGCGAGCCAGUGCGGCAACGAGUGGUGACGGGGGCGUCUGGCACCUUCCCGGACUGUUGGUCGGCACGUCAGUCCAUCGUUGACGGAGAGUUCGUGGCGAUCUGUGACGAGACCACCAUGAAGAAAGCGAUGGCGUGGGACUUCAGCACCUCCGGGGAGUGCCACCUUUACAUCGCAAAGGAAAAAGUUUACUCCAGCGCCUGGAUGGCUGUCGCCUUCAAGAGAAACUCCUCAUUCCUCGCACAGGCAAACGUCAUCAUCCGGACCCUGAAGGAGGCGGGGAUGGUGGACCACUGGCUGGGGCAGGAGAUCGUCAGUACCCCGCAGUGCCUCAGAUCCCCAACGCUGGACCGCCAGGAGGGUGUUGCGCCCCUCGACCUGGAGACUCUGCUCGGCCCGCUGCUGGUGCUGGCGGCAGGUCUGAGCUUCGCCUCACUCGUCUUUCUGGGCGAACUGCUGGUGACAGGCCGCUCCUGACGAAGUGGCCUCUUGAUUCUUACCAUCGCUGAUCACCGACAAACAACGCUGCUCAAAUUAACAUUUAUUUGUAUCAAUAUAAAUUUACCACAAUUUUUCAAGUACAAUUCUUCAUUUUAAUUUCUUUCUUAAUCAUACUCAGCAAAGAUAGACACAAUAGUUUUAUACUAUCAAGAUACCAUGGAAUUGAAAAUCGAAAUUUUAAGUAGAAAUGUGGUAUAUAUUCUAAUAUCUUUAUUAAGUAAAAAUGUAACAUUCAGAAUCUAUGUUAUGUAACUGAAGAUUAAUGUAUAACUUUUCUUUCAAAUUUUGAUAAACCAUAUUAUUUUUCUGUUGAUGUAUUACCUUAAGAAUACAA